AUGCCAACGCAUUGCUGCGUGCCGCUAUGUACAAGGAAAGGAUAUCGCGACGAAGAAACCGGAGAGAAAGUUUCUUACUUCAAAUUUCCCACCGAAGAAAGGUUAAAAAAGUUGUGGAUCUAUGCUAUUCGGAGAGAUGAAGGAAAAAAUUUCCAGGUUUCAAAUAAUACCAAAGUUUGUUCGCGGCACUUCAAAUCUGACGAUUUAAAGAAGAGUUUAAAUGGCGUGGUUUCCUUGAAAAAUGGAGCUGUUCCUUCAGUUUUCGCUUGGAAACGAAGCUCACCUCGCAAGCGACCGCCUCCAACGCCUCGUAUCUCCAGUACGGCCGCUUCUGUGUCUCAAAACUUAAACGAAAAUAUUAGUGAACUUGUGGAGUCUGCCUGUUCGAGCGAAAGUUUGGAGACAUCGGAAUGCUCAUCCAACUCACACCUUGCACCGGAAAUGGAAGCACAGCAAACAGCGACAAAAUUUGAUUUGCAGUCCAAAGAAAAUCUGGAAAUUGCUAGACUCGAGAAACUUUUAGCCGAUACUAUCGAAAUUAAAGAAACGUUAGAGAGCGAGGUGUUAUCUCUGAAGGCAAACAUUGUUCUUCUCGAGCAAAAAUGUGAGCAACUCGAGAAGCACGCGUUUUCAUUUGACAACGUCAAAACAGAUGACUCUUUGUUGACAUUUUAUACUGGGUUUCCAAAUGUCCAAACAAUGAUGGCUCUGUACGAAUAUUUGGAUCCUGGUUUAAAUGGCAUGAAUAUAAAAUACUGGCUUUCUGGCCAAGAUAAUUCACAAAAGGCUGCUGCUGGUAAUUCAGUCAAGCAAGGAAGGCCUAGGACUUUAACGCCAUCUGAUGAAUUUUUUCUGGUAAUGUGCAGACUGAGGCAAGGAUUUGCUGAAAUGCAUCUUGCACACUUGUUUAAAAUUUCUCAGUCGACUGUAAGUAGAAUAUUUAUUUCAUGGAUUAAUUUCAUGUACUUAAAACUUGGCCAGAUAAAUAUCUGGCCAUCCAGGAAAUUGUUGGAUGAAUCAAUGCCUGAAGCUUUCAAAGAAAAGUAUCCCAGCACAAGGGUAAUAAUCGAUUGCACAGAGGUUCGCUGUCAGAUGCCUAGCAGCCUUCUGUUAAACAGUGAAUUAUUUAGCUCCUAUAAAAACCAUACCACCCUAAAAGCACUGGUGGGAAUUUCUCCCAAAGGAUCAAUAACAUUUAUAGGACAGUUAUACACUGGCAGUAUAUCAGAUAAAGAAAUGGUUGAACGCAGUGGUUUUCUGAAACUACCCUUUGAACAGGGAGACUCAGUAAUGGCUGACAAGGGUUUUACAAUUGAAGAUGUUCUUCCCCUGGGAGUGUCCCUUAACAUCCCUCCCUUCCUUGGAAUGUCUGACCAGAUGCCAGCUGAAGAUGUCAUAAAAACACAAGAAAUCGCAAGCUUGCGCAUCCAUGUGGAAAGGGCCAUAAAUAAAAUUAAGAACUUUUUAAUAUUUGAGGGUGUUAUCCCAAUAAGUCAGUUCUGUACAGUAAAUCAAAUGUGGUGUGUGUGUGCAAUGCUUUGUAAUUUUCAAGAUCCCAUCAUAAGUGCAUAA